AUGCUUGAGACUCACUUUAAGACAGUGACACUCAAAAUUUUUUUUCCUUCAUUUCAAAGGCGAAAACGACGUAAUUUCAGCAAACAAGCCACGGAAGUUCUGAACGAGUAUUUCUACUCCCACCUGAGUAAUCCCUACCCUAGUGAGGAAGCCAAAGAGGAACUGGCAAAGAAAUGUGGUAUCACAGUGUCACAGGUGUCGAAUUGGUUUGGUAAUAAGCGAAUCAGGUAUAAGAAAAACAUCGGCAAAUUCCAGGAAGAGGCCAAUCUUUAUGCAGCCAAAACUGCAGCAGAUGCCACAACAGUGGUAGCCCACCAAGGCAGUCAGGCAAACUCCCCUUCCACACCCAAUUCAGGUUCUUCUGGUUCUUUUAACAUGCCAAACUCUGGAGACUUAUUCAUGAACAUGCAGUCACUGAAUGGGGAUUCUUACCAGGGUUCUCAAGUUGGAGCUAACGUGCAGUCACAGGUGGAUUCCCUGCGUCAUGUUAUACACCAGACAGGCGGAUACAGUGAUGAGAUGGCAGCAACCCAGAUUUACACCCCAAGGCGUAUAGAUGCUAAUGGCAGCUGGCAGGAUGCUACUACCCCAUCUUCUGUGACUUCACCCACUGGAGGACCAGGCAGUGUCAAUUCAGACACCUCCAACUGAUGAGCUGCCAGCAAUCACCUCCUACCCCACUGGCUUUCAUUUCAUUCGACCCAUAGGAUGCAAAGGACUUGAUUUCCAACCUGAUUUCAUUGGAAGGGUCAUUGGGAUUCUUUCUUGGGUAGAAGCUCCCUGCCACCUAUAUGUAAAUAUAGUAGGACAAGAAAAGGUAUUUAUACAUUUUUCACACAACAGAGUGCAGCCAAUUACCUCACUGUAAAACCCUUUAAAACCAAUAGAGGAAUGCUUCCUGUUUAGGUUACAGUGCUUACACACUACCUCGCAGCAAUAUACUCUAGACUUACUCAUUCUUUAGCCAUCACCUUAUGUUUGUCAAUUUUAUCCCAGUCAUUCAACUUCUAUCAGUGUUGCAAUGUGCAAGUUUUAAUUAAGCUUCAUGGGUCAGCUGUAUUAGGAAAACAGUUCACUAAGAUUGAUGCAUGAAAAUGAAACCCAAGGUAUUACUGCUUUUAAAGUUCCUGCUCUGAAGUGAACAGGCAUUUUGCUGUGUUUUAAGUAAGUUGAAGUGACUGCACAAACAGAUAUUGAGCCCUACGCUGACCAUGUGAUUGUGUUAGGGUAUGCAGGUCUACUCAACUAAUGCAGACUGACUUUUUUUUUGCUAACGACGUGUUAGUCUUUAGUGUCUGACUAGAAGUUAGUAUUGGUUUUCAGAGAAGUACAGAGCAGCUCUGAAUCUCGCUCGGAAUCAAACAAUAGAUUUCUCAGGGCUGACUUUCUACCACUUCCUCUUCAAACUUGUCAGCAGUGAAUGAAAUAGGCACCACUGCAUUAAAAGCAAGUAUUUCAGGAAUAUAAACAGAAUGUUUGGCAAAAAGGGGCACUGUAUUUAAAAAAAAUCAUUGUGCAAAGGAUGGACCUCAGUCACCCUGUGAAAAAUGUCUGUUGAUGACUGGGCUGACGCGGACCUGGUCUGUGCUUGCCUGUAUAAUUUUGAUCUUGGGGCAGUGAGGUAGCACUGUGCCUGGUGAUAGCUGAUACUGUUCUGCACUGUUCAGCACAGUGUGAAUGUUAACAAUGGCCAAAGCCCUUUAUUAACUUUUUCUUAAAACUGAAAUUCAAUAUGUAAAGGAAAAUAGGAAUAAUGGAUAAUAGAUUUUUGUUAGUUAUUGUGAUCUUAUGUAUUCUGUAGUUCCAACCCUUAGUUACUCUUUUAUCAGAAAUCUGCUUUUCUGAUGAGGCCAAGUUAGUACAGCCUUUUGUGUAAACUCCUUCUGUGUUUCAAAAUUGCAAAAGUUACUGGAUUGUUUUAAAUGCAGAAAAAAAUUAUUGGACAACUCUUGGAAUAACAAUAUAGAAUUAAAUAGUCCACACACAGUAAAAAGAAUCAACAGUGGUGGAAGCCAAAAUAAAUCAUUCAGUAAGGAUGAGGAAUUCUUCCAGUCUGGUAACUAGAAAAUGAAUUCAAUUUGAAAUGCUGGGAAAGUUUACUUUAGUAAAGUGAUGUCGGACUUCAGGAAUGGUCUGUGCCCAGGACUGGCACUUCCCAAUGUUUCUAUUUGGGAUUUUAUAAAUCAUUCAGCUUAGACUGUCAAAAAUAACCUAAGUCUAAAAACAAGAUUGGAGUGGAGACAUUCCUGGAAAUAGUCCUUUUUGUAGUUGCCUUCUGUGUGCAAUUAAUGUCUAUCCAAAUCUACACUGCCUGUACCAAAAAUCUCCAUAACACAGACGCUCACACAAAAAAGUAUACAUGGUUCAGCUUUACUAACUUUUUUAAUCUUCCGUUUCUGGCGUUCUGUCUUGAUGGUUGUGGUGUUUGAACUUUUGAAAUUUGAUGUCAUUGUAAAAAUUCUAAAUCCCAAAGGUAAUUUUUACUCUGUGAGUGCACAGACUCUCUUACUGUAAAUGUAAAGACAUGACUGAUUGAAGUUUCAACAGGACUCUGUCCGACAGAUUCCUGAGCUCUUUUCUAAAAAAAAGUGUGGAAGCUGAGCUUUUGGUUCGAUGCAGAACCCCUUCCUGCCCCAUAAAUGUUAUUCAUUUUGCAAUGAAUGUAUUCAGUCCCAAUGGAGCUUCAGGCUGCUGUUAAUGUGCACUGGUCCAAGGUGAUCUCUGUGCAGAGUUUGGAUUUGGGAGUUAUAAGUAAAGAUUGCUGAAGAUCACCCUGUGGAAAAUCUCUGAAACUACAGGGCAGCUUGCUUAAAAACAUCGAUGAUUUCUGGGAAUAUGAGCAAAAGAAUGAGUUAGCUACUUGCUUAAAAAUGUCCAUCUUAAGCAACAAUAAUGUCUAGUUUUUUUAAUCUUUCAUUGGAAGAUAUGUUUGUUGGUUUGAAUUAUUUUCAACAAAUGGAAGGUUUGUAUGAAAAUUCAAAUGAAAACCUGAUUUGUAUGUGACUUUGGCCUGUUGCAGCUGAUAACCAGGAGUGCAGAAUUCCCAUCUCAGCACUGAUCACUUUAGACCUUGGCAUAAGAUGCUACUUUAACUUGUUCAGCCACCACCGGUAGAUGACCAAAAUUUCAAAUAAUAUUUGAACUUACAAUCAUUCUGGAUGCGUUCUGCACAGCUACUGUCUACAGUGUUGUGAUCAGUGGCCAACACUGCAGCGUGGCCUUUCCAAACUAUCUGUCAUUAUGGGAAAGGUCCUACAAUUCUGAUCAUUUUAGUUCACCCUGAACGAGUGAAGCAGCAUAAAGCUCCUUUAACUGUGAUCCACUCGCUUAAAUCGACAUUCAGUAAUAAGACAAAUACAAGAGAUUUCUGUUUAUUCAGAUGGAACCAGAGGAAAAAUAAUUACACGUUCUUAAGAAAUUUAUUUUAAUCAUAAAAUUUAAUCUUUUUGAAUUUUUUAAAACAUCAAAAUAUAAAAACAAGUUGAGGUUGUAACUCAAAUUACUUUGUUUAGGGAAUAAUUUGUCAGUGGAAAUAUGCAUUCUAAAAGCAGUGUGUUAAUACCACUAUUACCAGUCAAUGCAGUGCAUGUUUCUCGAUAUCUUGUAACAUCACUAACUCCUUGAGUGACUCUCCCUCCUCAUUCUGCACCUACAAUUUGCAUUUUUUUGGGACAUGGGGAUGGGGGAUAAAUGCAGAGAUGUUCUAAAUAAAUCAAAUCUCAGUUUCUAUUUAUAAAACAUUUAAUUUGAAAAUGAAAUUUGCAUUUCUUUCCCUCCAGAAAUCUGUUUUUUGAAGUUUUAUCCUACAUGGACUCUUUCUUUGAGAAUCAAAGUCUGGUCAUAGUGAGGUACUUGUACCAGCAAAAAUUAUCUACUGUCAAUUAUAGAUCAUGAAUAAUGCAAUGAUUUGUAACAAUGUUACAAAGUCACUUAAAAAAUUAAUAGAAAUCAGUGUUGGCAAGACAAGUCACUAAUUAUGUUUGCGGUUGACAGAUACCCCAAAAUCAAGUACCUCAGAUUUUAAAAGAAAGCUCUUUUUUAAACAAUUAGUUCAGGAAAAACAAUAUAGGUAAUAGCUACCAAUAGGAAAUAAAGUAGCAUUGUUAAAAAUUAAAAAAAAAAUCAGAUUAUAUGAAAUCUCAGUGAGCCAUUUAUUUUCAGUAAUCAUAGAACAAUUGCAAAUAGGCAGGAUGAUACAUCUGUUUAAAUAGAAGACUACUGUAUUAAAAAUUUAAACUGUAUAAAUUUGCUUACGGUGGGUCAUUUUCAGUUACUGGAAAGGGUUCAUGCCAUGGCAAAAACCAGAUACCGUGUAAACGGCUUGAUAACUUUUGAAAAAAAAACAAGAAAAAAGUGUAUUGCAUUUUUAUUUGUAUUGGUUAACACAAAACAGAAUAAAACAUUUGUUUUGCCACAAA